CAUACGCAUUACGCGUCUGCGUAGACCCUGGCCCCGCCCACUUCGCCUCAGUCCUUUAGCCGCGCAGCUCCUGGCCAGAAAUGGCGGCUCUUUUGGAAUCACUUUUGUCGAAGAAAGCGGAUAUUAAAACUGUCUUGGACUGGCUGAAGAAUAAUGAGGACGAUGACAGCCUGCCAUUUAGAGAACAUGGAGUGACAGUUCACAAACAAGAAUUUGUCCCAUUUCUUUUAAACUUCCUGAGAGAUCAGAGUAGUCAAGCACUAACCCAUGGCCCUGCCACGCCGGCCAAGACCCCCAGCCGCGCCAGACCUGCUGCACAGACACAGGGCCUCGCCGACAGGAAAGGUUGCAGGUCUGCUGGCGGUGGUGGUGGGGCUGGUUCUCGCGGUGCCAGCCGGAUCCAGCUGUUUUCUCCUGCCUCCUCUGGCUCACCUGGAUCUGAGUGGGAUGCCUCUGGUCAGUCAGGGUCCCAUUGUCUGAGUGGGGUCAAUGCCUUCAGCAGUCCUUCUUUUACUACUGGAUGGAGCCCCGCUUCGAGGCCGUCAGGCUCUGAGCGCCGCUCUGGCCAGAGGAUCAGUCUGGGGGACUACAUGGUUUCUCCCCCUGAUCUCCAGCCAAGUCCCGGCUUCCAGUCACAGAAGAGCCGCAGGAGAAGUGGUGGCAGCAUGCCGAUGGUGGGACAAGGCAGACAUGGAGGAGGCCGUGGAGGACAUCACAGUGAUGAGACUGGGCGAUGGGAGAGUGGUGGAAGGAGGUCAGGUAGAGGAGGAGGAGGGUACAACAGAAUAAGUGAGCAGGUUUCACCUCCAUCUGUUGGGCAGAUCAACUUGAGCAACUUGGAGGACUUUCCUCCUGUUGGGUCAUCACCCAUUUCACCUGCGGCAUCCAAACCAUCUCGAAGAAUAAACCCAACACCAGUUGGUGCAGAGCGGCCACACUCCAAGCCAAAGACCUGCUUCACCUCCACCCCAUUCAGUAAACCUUCCAGUCCCCCAUCUGUAGUGGAGGCAAUUGAGGGGUCAGUGGCAGUGGGCAGUCCUUUGAGUCUUCAGGAAGAGAGGGAGCUACUGAAGAGGGAAAAGACAAAGCGUGCACAGCAGGUCAGCUCUCCUGUGCCAUCCUCGCUGGACCCUUGCACCCCCACCAAGGCAGGGCUUCGGACGGGAUCUAAAGUUACACCAGAUCUGCCGACAUCAUGUCCUGAACCUUCCAAAGUCACCUUCUCUUCGGAGCUGGAUCUCCUUGCAGAGCUGUACUGUACCUGCAUAUCUAGAAAUCUCGUGCCAAACAUUUUCCUGGAGCUUUUCUUUGUGAUGCAGCUACUAACGUCCCAGUCUCCUCACACUCAUGAUGACAGUGAACAGGAAAGUGAUUGUACAGCAAAAUCAGACGUUUUGGAGGGAUGUUACUUGAGACAGGUGCACAACUGUGUGUAUUUUGCAGUGAAGGUUCUGGAGAAUCAGUUUCAGUUGGUAGCUCAUUUGGACAAGUGCACCCUACGUCUAUUGGCAGAGAACGAAAGGGUGGCGACUUUCUCUCCGGAUCUCAGGGACCGUCUGACUCAGGCCCAGGACAGAAGCACAGCCAAGCUCUCUCCUUCAGUCUCUGGUUUCAUCCAUUCAGUCCCAUUCCAACCUGCCACUGACAACCGGUCCAACUUUGGCAGUGACAAGGCCUUCCACACCUUUAAGAAACAGAGGGAUAUUUUCUACGAGGUCUUGCGAGAAUGGGAGGACUUUCACAAGGAACCUGGAUGGAGCUUUGACGCUGCCCUUGGGAGUCGGAUAAGAGGAAUGAUGAGUCAACUGACCUCUGCAGGAAACCAUUCCCAUUUUGCCCGUCUAUUCCUGAAACAGCUUAUUCAGAUGUGUAAAGGCCCCCGUGUGAACAGCUCUCCUGGGGAUGCACACGAUGCUGACCUGCUAGGCAUGCUGGGAGCUAACAGUUUGGGGCGUCUGAAGCGCCUCGAGGAGCGUCUCAUUCAGCCUCAGGGAGUCGUCGGCCCCUGCCCUCCUCCAUCGUUCCCUGGUCACCAGGAGUUCUUCAGGGAUUUCCUGCAGGCAGCCAGCUGCUGCCAGCUGAACCAGCACCUGCAGGACAGCCUGUGUCAGCAGCUCCUCCAGCUGGAUGAGGUGUCCAUCCUGAGCCCUCCAGCUUCCAUCGGAGAGGGAGAGGAGGAGGAGGGAGACGGGGACAUGGAGCAGCAGGAUGAGAAGCAGCGGUUCACCUCAGUGCUGCUUCUCGCUCGUCUUCUGGCUAAGUUUCUGGGAUUCCUUUCCUUUCUGCCUUACCAAACAUCUGAGAAACCAUCGAGGGAAAUCCAGGAGGCUGCUAUAGCUCAGCGCAGCAAGAGCGUUCCAGUGCUGGAUGUGUGUGCUCUGCUGAGUAACAGUAUGAAAAGGAGGCGCACCAUCCUGACGGUGCCCUGGCUGGUGGAGUUCCUCUCUAUGCUGGACUGUGUUGGUCCUCUGCUGCUCAGCUAUAGAACCGCACUGGGCACACUGCUUCUCCUGUACAGGAAAAUGCUGCUGGGCAGAUGUGGAGAAAUGUGUUACCUGAACAAGCUGCUCAUGGUGUCUGUGUUGGGUUGGCUCUUCCAGAUCCCAGUGAUUCCUGAGGAUAUUUUCUUCACCAAUGAGUUCACUGAGAUGGCCAAAUUGGAAGACAGCAGCUCAACUGCUCCAGGGCUUGACUGCAUUCCUCUGGUGGACCAGCAGCUUCUGUAUACAUGCUGUCCAUUUCUUGGUGAGUUCCGUAAGCUCCUGGCUGCCUUUGUAUCUGGAAGCACGGCCAAGAGUGGAGGAAUCAUCCGCAAGAUCACUCCCACUUCUGCUGAGCUCAGAGAUACGCCGACUGCCAACAGGUCGCAGCAGAAACUGCAGGUGGACCUCGAGCAAGCCUUCUUUCACAACCAGCCGCCGUCGCUGCGCCGCACUGUGGAGUUUGUAGCCGAGAGAGUCGGAUCCAAUGCCGUCAAGCAUAUGAAGGCCACAUUAGUGAGUGAGUUGGUGGAGAGGGGUGAGAAAAUGCUGAGAGAUGGACUCAACUCGCCAAACUCGAUCCCUUCAAAACUGAAUGACUCCAUCUGUGCUCAGCUGUGUGUUGCAGGAUUGGAAGCCCUGGCAAAAGCCACCAGAUUUUGCUGUGAGAAGAGUCCCGAGGCCAUAAGAAUUCUGCUCCCUGACGAGACCUCCCCUGCUGUCCUGACCACAUCUGAAAACAUCACCAAACGUCUUGCAACAGAAAAAGCCUGCAGCUGGCUCUCUGCCAACAUCACAGCUCUGAUAAGACGAGAGUGGAAGAGCAGGUAUGAUCGUGUGAUGAAGGCUGUGGGAAGCCCAGUGGCUCCAGACUCGGGGGAUUUGGUGGGGGUUGAGCUGGUCACCCAGGAGCAGUCGACUACACCCAAGAGGAAACAAGGAAGUGAGAGAGUGGCAUCUUGCCCUCCACACUGCAACCACAGUGCUUCUCUGCCCUCUGACAUCCUCAUCGAGAUCAAGGAGCUCCUGAGCAUUGCAGUCGGCCCCAGGACUGAAGAGGAGCUGCCAACCAGCUCUCAGAUCAAAACGCUGCUGCAGAGAGUGGGAGACACACUGGCCUGCAGAAAGUUCUCAACGGCAGUGUCAGAGCAGAUGCUACUGAACACUACUGUCCUACUGGCCUGCAAACUGGUGUCUGCAGAGCUGCCGGUGCUAUCUCUGUCAGGGUGCUGCAGAGGUGAUGGGGUUGUUGUGGGUCUUGGUUCAGGGCCAGAGCCUCCUGUCAGAGCGUUGCUGGAGCAGCUUGCUGAGCUGUGGGAAAGAGACUGCUGCGCCUCCACCCCCCUCCACCUGCUCUUCAGCCCGCUUACUGUCACAGCUGUGCUAAAGGCAAGCGACACUGAGUGGAACAACUACCUUUUCUUGGUAAGAAAGCUGGUUGACAGAGAAGUCCUGAGCGAGGAAGAGGUCGUAUCUCAUUGGAAGAAGUUAACAAACUUGGCCUUGCCAGCGAAGUUGAUUGAAAAAUUUCAGCUGCAGUCACAGAGUAUUAAACCUCCCCUGCCUCUGGCUGAGUUGCAAAGCUGUGUAGACAUGCUGCAGGUCUCUCAACAGACAGUAGAGGGAGCUACAUGACAACAACGAUUCUACCCACUGCAUCUUUCCUGUGAUCAACAGUGAUUUUAUGCCACAUCUAAAAAACAGUUCUUGGAUGACUUCUUCUUGUUGACCAUUUUCGAGUUACUACUGCACAGCCCAUCAAAGGUGUUCUGUAGUCGUCCUCUGUGCACACUUUGCAAGCUUCAGACUUUUGUUCUCCACCUGUGAAGUGACAGCAGCCUUUCAUGUAUCCCUCUGCUCUUUAGCUAAGGUGCUGCUGAGAACCAGAGAGCUGUGCCAGGCAGAAAUAGCCAGGGACCACCGCAUCUGAUCUCUCACCUUAGAUCUGUUGAACCUGAGUGCAAGCACACAUGUCCAAAGGGAAAUACUAGUAGUUGAAGCAUUUCAAGAAGUCCAGAUUAUAGCAGAGAGCACACAAAGAUGGGAGAAGGGUCAGCAUCACAGACUCAAACUGAGUCGAUGCCACCCUAAAGACAUAUGCUCAUUAUAAUGGACAAUUAGUUUCCUUCAAACAAGCCAUAGGUUGUCUAGAAGUUAAAACUGAACUGAAAAUGUGAUUAUUUUUGUUGAAUUUUAGACCCACCAGAUGGAAUAAAUGUCUUAAUUUUAGUAUAGCACUUUUCACACACUGCCUUUGACCGCCACUACUAGUGACUGCAUGUAUGUUUCAUGAAUGCGAGACUGCAUUUGUGAGUGUUUUUGUUCAUGUUGAACGAUUGCUGUUUCCCAUGCUGCUUUUAAAUGAAAUAUUUUUUAUGUUGCCACGAAGUGAAAAAUAUAACAAUAAAGAUGUAUUCUGGUUUAAAUGUUGAA